UUUCUUUCUGAACCUCCAACUCCCGGUAGUACCAUAAGCCGCCCCCUCUUCCACCAGCUCCAGAAACAUCGAAUAGCAAGCGAAGGAAGGAGGAUACAUCCACCCACCAACCGAUUCCGGCAGCCCAUGGCGAUGCAGCAGCAGAUGCCCAUGCCGCCGGGCGGCACCGCGGCGGCGGCGCCCCCGGCGGCCGGCAUCACCACCGAGCAGAUCCAAAAGUAUUUGGAUGAAAAUAAGCAACUUAUUUUGGCCAUCCUGGAAAAUCAGAACUUAGGAAAGUUGGCUGAAUGUGCUCAGUAUCAAGCUCAGCUUCAAAAUAAUCUCUUGUAUCUAGCUGCGAUCGCAGAUGCCCAACCCCAACCACCUCAGAACCCUGCAAGUCGCCCUCAGAUGAUGCAGCCUGGUAUAGUGCCAGGUGCAGGGCAUUACAUGUCACAGGUACCGAUGUUCCCUCCAAGAACCCCAUUAACCCCGCAGCAGAUGCAAGAGCAGCAGCAACAGCAGCUUCAUCAGCAGCAAGCCAAAGCUCUUCCUUUCCCUGGGCAGAUGGUCAUGAGACCAGCUAACGUCAACGGCAUGCAGCCUAUGCAGGCAGCAGCCCUACAGCAGUCGACGCCGGUCCCAACUGACGGUCGAGGAGGCAAGCAGGAUGCAGCAGCUGGGGUGAGCUCAGAGCCUUCUGGCACUGAGAGCCAUAAAGGCGCAACUGGAGCGGAUAAAGAGGCAGGUGGCGAUGUAGCGGAGAAAUCCUAAGUCAGGUAGCCUGUUAGGGUGAAUAAUGCCUUGUAUACUAGCAACGAAAAGAAAGGAAAGCCACUCUGCUCGGGAAUGACAACUAGCAGUCGUUACCAGUUUAGUGUGGUUUAGAGGACCUGUCCUAUGGAUCUGCAGAACAAAGUUUAGAUUGAUGACGAUAUAAUCUGCCCGAGGUUAUUAUCCUGUUCCACAUUAUUGUAGCCAUUAUGGAAUAACUCACCAGCCUAUUGUCCUAGUGGAUUUUACUAAUGUUUGUCGGCUAAUACGAUGUGUUCAGUUAAUAUUUGCUUCAA